CUUACCAAAUUUUCAUCGUUCGCUUUUUUAGGUUCGAGUGCAAAUAAUUUUCUUUAGAUAUUUAUAUUAUGUCAAUGUAUUAUAGUAACUGCUAACUCUCUGGGUUUAAGAUUAACUUGUAAUUUUCAAUAUGGUACAGAACUCAUAGGUUACUUACUAAAAUUUAAAUUACCUAAAUUGUAGUUAUUCCAUGAAAAUUAUGCUUCUUAACGACAAACACUAACACAUUGGUGACAGAUAAUAAUAAGAAGAAGAGUCGAGAUGCAUGGGUAAUGACUUACCUUUGUGCAUAAUUAACAUGUAUAUGAAAAAAUUUGAGUGCACCUAGAAGAUACAAAGCAGCUAAUUUAGUGGAAGCAUAACUUAUAUUAACUUUACUUGAAAUAUACAGUUGUCACACAUUGCAAUUAUAUUUAUUUGGUGUUUAUAGGAUUGUUAAAGCCAUAUAAAGUGGUCAGCUGUAAAGGCAUACAAUUUUGAACUGUUAAAAAAUUCAAAACAUUGUUGAGUUUAAUUUCACAUUAAUGUAUAUAUAGCAUGUUGUACUGGUAUUUGUAUAACUUUUAACUUUUAUUAUAGUGAAAAAAUAUCUAUGAUAGUAGUAGUAUUUUAAACCAACAUGGAAUGUUGUAAGAAAUGGUUAUCAACCAGCAGAUUGUUUUUGUUUAUUUGUGCAUGUUUAUCUGGAAUGCUAUUUGCUUUUGUUUGGAGAAAAUAUGAACAAAUGGUUCAAUAUUCAGAAGCUUAUAGUCAUUAUACUCCAGCCUUGAGAAAUACAAGAUAUGAUACUUGGUUAUAUACACAGGGUCUGAUGUCUGAUUUGAUUCCAGAGGAAAAUAUCAGUUUUUCUGUAAGAAAUCAAAAGUUAACAACAGAAGCUGAUUUUCUGUUUCAAAAAGUGUCUAUAUUUUGUUUGGUUAGAGCAAGCAAUGUUAAAGGAGCAAAGGCUGUCAAAGAAACUUGGGCAAAACAUUGCAAUAGUGUUAAAUUCUUUGGUCCUUUUAUCGAUGACAAGAUUCCAGUCUUUAAAAUUCCUGCAGCUAGUUCCUUUAGUCCUUUGUGUCAAGCCUUGGUUCAUGUGUGGAAGAAACAUUAUGGAGAAUUCAAGUGGAUUUUAAUUACAGAUGAUGAAACUUUUGCCAUUAUUGAAAAUGUUCGUUAUUAUGUUGCUUCUUUAAAUGCAAGCCAUCCCUACUAUUUAGGCCAUUCAGCCAAACAUUAUUUUGAUUACUUCAACAUGGCUGAUUCAGGGAUACUCCUUAGUGUAGGUGCUAUAAAAACUCUGCAUUCUUUGUUUCCUGAUGGAAAUACUUGCAUUCAAGCUCCUUCUGGACACUUUGGAGUUUCCAUAGGAAAAAUUUUACAGAAAGCAGAAAUCAUGCCCAUGGAUACUCGAGACCAACUUGGAAAGAGCAGGUUUAAUGCAUUUUCAGCAGAAAAAUUACUUAUUCCAGGCUCGAUAUCCAUAUUCAGCUCAUACUGGAAGCAAAGUGUAUUCUUGAGUCCUGAGGGUGGUGACUGUUGUAGUGAUCACGCCAUAACUUUUCAUGGCAUCUCUCCAUCUCAGAUGUACAUAAUGGAGUACUGCGUUUACCGUCUGACACCAUUCAAGUUCAGCAGACUUGGUCUUGGCAACAAACCACCACCAAGUUCUACUGUAAAAAGCCCUAAAGAUCAACAACUUGGAAAAGCAAAAGUUACUUUGAUUCAAAAGGAGAGACCCAAGAAAAACAAAGGAAAGAAAUUAAAUAGUACUGUACAUGAUAAUAGGUGGAAAAACUUCUGGAAGAGUUUCUUCAGUUCAUAGUUUUUUUUGUGUGCAGUAUUGUGGAGAAAAAGAAAGUGGAGUCAAGAAAGGAUUAAUACAUUAAAUUGGGAACAUCCCUUCAAAGUGUAUAUUUAAUUAUGAAAAACUUAUUUGCAUAUGAUUAUACUUUCAGAUGUAAUUUACACCUGGUUUGAAAGGUAACUACUAUUUGACUUGUAUUGUCAAAUAAUGUAAACUAAAUCUAUUGUGCUUCUUUCAAAGAACAUAUAAUCUAAAAAUUUAUUUCUAAAAACUUUGUACAUUGCAAGAACUUUCCAUUAAUUGUUAUUUCUUUACAUGUUCUCUCUAAUUUUUUCAAUCCAUGUGCGGAAUGAAUUUUUUCAUGUGCACCAGUAUCAAGGCAAUGUGCGGAUGUGUGCUACCAGUUUUUUUGGGGGGUGGUGGUGGUAUUUUUAGGCCAUUUGCCCUAUUGGAUCUUUAGGCCACUUUGCAGUGCUACCAGUUGGUUAUUUGAACUUUAGACCUAUUGACUGACAGGGUCAUAAAGCUGUCAAAGUGUUGAGACUCCUCACCAUUAUUAAGGAUAUGCACAGCUGGAAUAAUGAAGUAUGCAGCACUUGAUUGGUUGUUGUGUGGCUGCACAGCUUAGAGGGAACACUGCUCAUAACCCAUUUUUUGAUUAUGAGUGUGGGCUCAAGGACAUAUUCUUUUCAAACGUAUUUUACAGUAAUGUUGGAUGUUAUACUUGGAUAGCUGUAAACUAAUUAUUUUUUCUCUGCCAACUUGGAUGUAAUAGCUUAUGCUGGAUAUUUCAGCCAGUUGAGAAAGAAGUGGUAAUUUAAUUCUUGUUGUGUUUUUUUUUAUCCUGUUGAAAAAGCCUGGUUUUAUUGGUGUGCUAUUUCUUGGUGUUGAAUAUUUAGUUGUUAUUUUUUGUCUUACAUUUUAGAUUUUUUUAAACCUCAACUGCAUGCAUGUUUGCUAUCUCUUUUAAGACAUCAAGGUAUUUUUUUGGCUUACUUCUUUGUCUUUUGCUUCCUUUUCUACAGAUCUAUGUUUAGCAUUUUUUCACUCUAAAUAUUGUCCUAUUGCAUUACCAGUGCAUCUUGUCAUCAGAUUUGGAUCCAUAGUCUGACUGGGAAUUGACUGCUUUGAAAUGUUAAGAGUGCAGUGAAUGUCAUUCUAUUAUCAACUGACCACCUUGACAGUCUUGUUAUCUGUAUAGUUAUGUAUCUUCCUUACUCUGUCUUACAUCUGAAUAACUGUUAUUUUAUAUGGAUUAGUAGUUUUCUAUUUGUCAUUCUGUUCUGAAAAUAGGAAUAUGUAUUUCUCAGCAAAAGUAUUUAUUAACUAUUUAUUUCUUAGAAAACAUCAUGUGUUGAUGUUUGUUCUUCAUAGCAUAUGUACAAUAUAAUAUGUGCAUGUUCUCUUUCAACUUAAGAACUUAGAUUUUUUUGCCUUUUCUUUUAUGAUGUGUAAAUAUAACUUAAGGCCAAAAUAUAAUUUAUUACGUAUAUUUUAUUUCAUCAUAUAGCCUUCUGGUGUUCAUUACAUUCAUUACCAUUAUAUUUGAAAUGAUGAAGCUGUAAAGUUCUGUACUCUUCCACUUUUAGACAGAGCUCAAGUCUGUAUAUAUUGUUUGCCAUUCAGAAUGCUGCAUGGUUGUGUUGAAUUCUGACAUUCACAGAUCAUAGAACCCUUCUAAACACUAUAUUCAAUCUUGUUUUGUUUAUAAUAUACUGUACUGUGGGUUUGGUUUGUUUUUUUAUAAGGAAAUUCAACUGACGAAUGUUUUCCUUAAUCUUGAAUGUGUAGUUAAAAUUAACAAAAGUUGCAAAAUGUUUCUUUUCAAAUUCUUGCUUCAUUUAAGGUAUAUCAUUAGGUUUGUUAUCAUUUUCAAUCUAUAUUACUAUUUAGGAAGAUGAAAAACUGAAUGUUAGAAACUGAAAUCACUUUUUCCACAGUGAAUUCUGAUACGAUACAUACCUACUCUCGCACAAUAGCUUUUCUUGAUCUUCCACUGCCCUUUAAUGCAUUGAAACAAAAUUUUCUCUUUUGAUGCACUAGCCUUUAUACCCCAUACUAUUUGGGGAGAAAUGUGAUUAUUCUUGCGAGGGUUCAUCUCCCCGUCUUCCCUCAGGGACUUAAGGGUGGCUGCAUUUUUGUGUGGGGGGUCAUGCUUAUUCUUUGGAGUCCCAUGUUGAUGUGGUCAGGUUGCAUACUUUUCUUUUGUCCCUUGCUAAUCAUUUCUCACAACGUCCUCCUCCACAACUCCUGAUCCUCCUCUUGUUUUCCAUCAUCCUGCUUCCAUGGCUUGUCCUUUACCUGCAUCUUAACGUUCUCCUUAUCUUAAUUUUUCCUGUGCUCGUCAAGACCAUCGACAGUGAUAUAGGUGACUACACAGUAGGGUCAGGUCCUAUGGGGGUCAGGCUCCAGUGUGGCACCUUCUGAUCACACCAAUUUGCUCCUGGAGGAGGCUGCUCGUGUGGGUUGGUGAAUCAAUUGGAGAAGUCCUUCCUUUCCCUUUGGAGUUUUCUACAGUUCCCUGCUGAGUCAGGCCUGGCCUUUUCCACUAUGUAUUUGAGAUAUUUAGCAGUUGGUCAUCAAGGUCCUAUCCUCUAAUUCUCUCUGUUUUGUGGAUGUGGGCUUCCUUGGAGGCUCUCAUAACCCUUUGUUGUGCAACAAUCGAUGGACCUUUAGCUCAGAUCCCUUAAAUCUCCCUGUUGUCCUGCCUUUCUUCUUUGCUUGAUGGUUGGACAGAGACAAUACUACUGCUGAUAUUCCUCUACCACUUCCUCAUCUGUAUCUGCAUGUUUUUAUUGAUGCUUCUCUUGUGGGUUGGGGUGUAUAUCUCAAUACCCUGGAGAUUUCUGGGAGAUAUUCAUUGUCCCAAUCCAGGCUUCAUGUCAAUGUUUUGGAGCUCUUAGCUGUAUUCGUCAAACUAUGUCUCAUUUCCUCCAUCUUCUAAGGGAAAUGGUGUAUUCUAACAACUCUACAGUGAUCUCAUACAUCACCUAGCAAGGAGAUACCGAAUUCAUGUCCCUUUGUUUUUGUACUCUGGAGCUCCUAUUCUGGGACCAUGUGCACUGGAUACAGCUCUUGGCUUAUCAUAUCCCCGGUACUUUGAAUCUUGAUGCAGAUCAGUUAUCAGGCAUGCUUUCUUAUAAACCCUCACCAAAUACCUUUAAAGUCAUAGCACACACUGUCAAGAUGGGGUGUUCUGCAAGAUCACUAGCAGCUUACCUCGUGGUAUAUAUAUAUUUAUCCAUACGUACAAUUCUUAUAUGUACUUGGUGGACCAUCACUUGUGGGCUAUCAUGCUUAAGGCAGAAAGAGAUUGCUGCCCAUUCCUGCUACUCCUUUGAUUGAAUAACUCAGGAACAGUCUGCUUUUCCUAAUAAGAUUUCAGUCACCCAUUGCACUUUUUCUGGUGUGAAGCUCCUUUGGACUCCUGCACACCCAUUAAUUCUCCCUUCCUUAAGUGGAGUUUAAAAGUCCUUGCCAGUUCCUAGCUGCUGGAGUAGUGGACCUUGGAGGCUUCAUCACGAGUGUAGAAUGCACAUCCUAACAUUACAUGUCAUUACAUUACGUUGAGAAGAGGGCAAAAGGAACCUUCCUGCCAUCAAACCCCUGGUUGUUUAAUUUCAGGUGUGCUGAUGUUGGUUGGAGCUGGACCAAUCUAAGCUGGAUCCUUUUCAUAAUACUGGAUUCAGGUAGAUCGUACCCUGUUCCUACGGUUGAGACUGGUAAAUUCCACCUUUCUCGGUAAUUCCGGUUUCAGGAUGUUUCAUUUCGCUGCUCCUACAGUUUAGCUCAUAAUACCAGUUGCAGGACAUGUGAUGCCCUAUUUAUACGGUUGAACAGGCAUUCCACAUCCUCUUCAUAAUGCUGAGUGCAUGAUGUUUUUUCUCUGCUCUUAUGGUUGAGUUAGAAUUAUUUUCCUGCUCGUAAUACCAGUUACAGGAUGACUUCCUGUUCAUACAGUGGAGUUGAUGCUUAGGAAAAGCCCCAUGAGUCUGUGUUUGGUUUGUUAUACUUCCUCUCUCCUACGGUUAAUUUGGAAGUUUGUCCAGCAGAUGCUGUUUGCUUAUUUCCUCAUUGUAAUUCCCGUUGCUUGCAAUAUGGCACUCUGUUUACUUAUGGGAGAGGUUGGUGUAUAUAUUACUAACAGUCUGCCUGCCCUGGCCACCAUACAUUGUAUAUACUGGUUUUGAUCUUACAUUAGGUCCUUGUUACACUGAGGAGGGGACAUAGAACCUUGUCUGUAUGGUUGGUGUCGAGAAGAUACUUAGCAAUGUCUCAUUGAAUGCCUCCAUCUUCAUAAUUCCAGGAAUUGGCCAUUGGCUUUCCAUUUUUACCAUGUGGGUUUAGAGUUACCUAUCUGUGUCCAUUUUUGUCUUUAUACUACUUGUGGCUCUUCUCCUUUCAGAUUUGGUUUGUUUCCGAUAACACUAGUAUGGUUGAGAUGGAGCAGGACUCGCGUUGAUUAGUUACACCUGAUACAUUUUCCGAGGUCUUUCUUUCAGUAGAUUCAGGUCUCGAUGCUACCCAUUUUACAACACUCCACUUCUUCAAGGGCAAAGAGCAUACCUGUUCCAGAAGUGGUGCAGUCCCCCACAUGUGCUUCCAUUCAAUUACAUAGCACACCUGUUUGACUCUCUACUGACACUUUCUGCUGGAGGUCUCUAGUUUUAUCGUACACUGCUCCUUCCACCUAGUCAGUGUGGGAUUCUAGCUAUUGUGUGAGAAGAGGUUAUAUAUUGUAUCAGAAGUUAUCAUUUCCUUACAUGGAAAAUGGAUUUCUGAUAGGUAAUUAACUCCUCUCACACACUUCCAACCAUUCCUCCCCUCUUCCAGCGUUCUUGUGUAUCUUGUAGGCUUAAUCUCAAAAGUGAGGUUCUUAUCAAGUAGUAUAGAGGGAGCCAGCUGCUCUGUCAUGCUCCUAUUGGUGGAGGGAUUUCCCAUGCUCUGUGCAUGCUAAAUGAGCAUCUCGAACUUAUGGAGUAUAUAGGCUAGUGCAUCAAGCAAGAAAAUUUCUUUUCAAUGCAUUAGAGGGCAGUGGAAGAUCAAGAAAAGGUAUUUUGCAAGCAGAAAUAAGUAUCUAUUGGAAAUCCAUUUUCAGUUGAAGAAAAUGCUAACUUCUAUCAACUUUGGUGUGUUGUUAAAAUUAAAAAGAAACUUUUUAGAAGAGAAACCUGCCAGAAACAACAAUUGCACAAAUUAAAGAUUUGAAAUUGAGUCAUUUUAUAGGUUAUAACACAUAACUUAAAGGAUUUGUAAUGGUAUACCGUUGAUCUAGGAGACUUAAUCAAUUACCUAUGAGUAGGGUUGCAAAAUUCCCAGGAAUUUUCAGUGGUAAAUUUACAUUGGGAAUUUUGGGAACCAUCAAAAAUUAACUGUUUACUAGUGGUUAAUAAGAAUGAUUUACAAAUCUUACCUGAGACUGAAAUUGCCAUAUUAUUUUGUAAAAUAUUUUUGAAAUAAAUCAGCUUUUUUCUUAUUUAAUACAAUAUUUAAACAGUAGAAGAAAUACAAUACUGAAAAAUAUAUGGUUGUGUUGAUGCUUUAGUCACAACAUGAAAAAAUAGAAAUCUAUACAAAUAUCAUCAACCAUAAUUAUCCUGAAGUACAAAGAAUGUAUAAACAUAAAUGAAAAUGAUCAUCUACACUGGUUUUUAAAUAUAAAAUUAAUAAAAAAAAUACUAAAACAUUUAUAUUAUCCAGCAAUAAACACUAUAUAUACCAAUACUUUAAUGGGCUACAGCUUACAUGCAUACACUAAGCUCUUAUAACUUGUAAAUAAUACUUGUAUCUCUAAAAAGUGUACUACAUUUCUAUGGACGACCACUGUAAAGAAAUAUAAAAGAACACGACAGAUAAUUCAGUUAGUAAAUUUGACAGGUGUAGCGAGGGUGUAGCAUAUUGGCUGCUGCUUGGAUUGGUUUCAUGCAGAACUUAUGACUUCUGCGUGAUUAAAUUUGUUGCUCCCCUUUCCUCAGCUUCUUUCAGUGGUGACUUUGGAAGUACUGCAGUUACUUUUUCUUGAACACAAGUUAGGAGCUUUGGUACAUCAGACAGAAGAGCAUAAUUGCUGAUACCACAGGAUCAAGUAUCUUGCGGCUGUUCACUAGGCGUGGUCAGAAAAUAUCAUUAUUCAGCAGAUCGUUUUGCAUGCUUUUAUCAAAACCCAGUGAUUUCAUAAUUGCAAGUUUUUGCAAUGAUUCUUUGCCAUCAAUCAAGCUCUUAUACAUAAUUACAACAGCACCCAAUCUUGUUGGGCUUGGCAGUUUAAGUGUUGUUCCCUUAUUCAGGCUUUUCCGUUUUUCACACAACAUUGCCCAAACCACUUGGUGUCUCCUGGCAUAUUUUACCACUGCUGUUGCAUUUUUGAACAAGCUUUGCAUGGUGUCAACCUUCAUGAUAUCUCCAGUAGAAGACUCGGUCCAUGCGCUGCACAUCCAAUAGGUGUUAUAUAAGGGUAUGCCUCUUCGAUCUGUGUCCAAGCAGCUUUCAUAUUGGAAGCAUUGUCACUGACAAUGGCAUACACUUUGUUUGAUCCAGUUUCCUGAAUUACACUUUUGAGUUCAUUCGCAAUGUAAUCACUGGUAUGAUGUUCAGCUUUGGUUUCUCUGCUUUUGUAGAAUACUGGUUGUGGUAUUGUGGUGUUUUAAUUUAUGAUACUUUCCCCACUAAUGUUUGACCACCCAUCAGAAAUAAUGGCAACACAGUCAGCAUUCUUGAUAGUUUCACUAACUUUUUCCUGAACAUGUGCAUACUCUGCUUCCAAUAAAUGCAUGCUCAGUGCAUGUCUGGUGGGAGGUGUGUAUGCAGGUCUGAUGUUUUGGAAGAAUGCUUGCCAGUAAUGAUUUGUUGUUAACAUCAGGGUGAACCAGAGAUAUAGAUGGCACGUGCUAGGCUUUCAUCAAGUUUGCUUUGUGAUGCAGUGUCUAUGCUGUCAAAAUAUGAUAGUUGCUUUGUGGCUGAUGAAGUGGAUGGAACUGAUUGACCUGAAUCACUUGUGGUAGCAGAAAAACCAGAUGACUAUGAAACAGCUUUUACGGGUUUUUGAACUUUUGCUGUUGGUGCCAGGAGUAACUGUUGCUGUUUUUUCACACAGUGUUGAUUCUGGGGUGCUUUUUUGCAUUUUUGCAAAUGAGCUUGCAUCUUGGUUGCAUUUUUGACAUAUUGCUGUGAGCAGUAAUUACAUAAGUAAAUUUCCUUGCCAUCUUUUUUCGCUGCACUGAAGUGUCACCAAAAAUCUGAUUGUAUACGUGGCAUUCUGAAAUUCAGAAAAUUAUUUCAAUGCUAAUGUUCUAGAUUAAAGCAGAUAUUAUAAGACAUUUUCUUGGCAUCCUUUAAGUACAAGCAAAUAUAGACCCUGUUAUAUAUAGAAUUCAUGUUUACCUCAAGUUCUCAACUGAUAUAUAGGGCUAUGGUAGAUUAAUUUUCUGUUCUAAGGAUUCACUGCUCAUAUGUUUUGAAAAUUUGAAGAAAAAAAAAUAGAAUUUAAAAAUCAUUGCCACUCUUCUUUUGACCUGGUGAAUGUGUACAGUGUACUUUUAAUAAAUGUCUGAAUUACCAAAUGUUUACACAAAAGCUUGCAUUUUCCUCAUGCACCCUAAUAAAAUACAACCAAACACACUAGUUAAAGCUAUGUGUAUGUAGAGGAUUGUAUAUUUCCUUUAUUUCACAAGAUAUAACUCUUCACUCAGUUUUAUUCGAAAUCUCAAAUAAAAGUAUGUACAUUUUUUUUUUCUGUCCAUUCUGUUUCAACAGAAAUGAAGGGAUUUCCAGGAUGCAUGGUUAACUUCAUGUAUAACUAGUGAAUACACAGAACCAAGGGAAGAAUUUUGUGGUUAUGUCAAAAUUUUAUGUGGUUAUGGCUUAAAAUAAAACCAUGUUGUAAGUUGUAACUGGUUAUUUAUCAAGUGGUUAUGUACAUUACAUAUGAUAUACCAUGUGUUAUGUAUGCAGUAUAUAAAUAAUGUAAUACUAAGAGACAAAUGCAAACAGGGGAUAUGAAAUUUAAAUUAAUCUCUUGAUGUUCUUUAAAAUGUACACAAUGCACAUACGCAGGUUUCUAGGGCACAAUAUGCAGUUACAAAGUAAAAAUACAAUUGUUAGAGAGUUGCUAGAAUAUUGUUUGAGCAAAAUAUACAAGUUAACUCAAAAUUUCUGCUAAUUCCCAUACAUUCAAAAUUUCAGAAAUUUUCCUUGGAAACUUUCCAAAAUUCCCGGAGCCGCAAUUACAUCGAUUUAGUGUCCCAUAAUCUAAUCGAUUAAUCAAAAUUAUCAUUAAAUUGUUUAAGUGAUAUUAAUGUUUCCUGUUAUUACUGUUUUGGGCUAUUCUAACAGUAGAUUAAUCAAAACUAUGAUUAAAUCAAAUGUCACAAAAAUAAUCAACGAAUUAAAAUUAGUAUUUUCAGUUAUUACUGUUUUCUAUUAUCCCAACAAAUGGUUGAUUGAAAUUAUCAUUAAAUCAAAUGUCUUGGAAGUAAUCACCUAAUUGAAAUUAAGAUUUCUGAUUACUACUAUUUUUGAUUAUUCCAAGUAAUUGAAAUAUUGUUAUUAUGAUUCUUUGUUGUUAAUCACAAAGUUGCAUAAGGGGCCAUGUUGUCCCUGUCCAAUUUUAGACUCAUUUGUUGUUGUUAUACUUCAAGCUUGUUCACCUUUGAUGAUGGGAGAGACUUGUAUUCAAGUGUCUCAGUUUCAAUUCCCGUAACUGUCAAACUUGCUUGCCGGGUAUUUGUUAUGGCAAAGUUACUAAGGCUAUCUACCACUGUUACUAGUUUUGAAUUAUUGACUAGAUAGAUGGCAACUGUCUAGCAGCACCCACCACCACUUUUGUUUUUAAUUAUUGAUUUUCUUAUUGCUCCUUUUCCUUCUUGAACUGCUGACUAGAGGGAAGGCAACACCUGUUGCCAAGGCCCAGCUGUAGUGUCAUGAUAAGUAAUUCACAGCAAUAAAGGUCUUUUAGGCAAAGAAGGGUGGCUUCUGUUAAUUAUUUUGGAAUGGAUAUGUUUUAACUACUUAUGUAAAUUAACUACUAACUUUAGAAAUGGUGAUAUUACCAGAAAUAUUAUUCAUUAUGGUAAUUUAUUAUUCUGACGACUAUAGGAAGACUGUAUUUGAUUGGGUAUUUUAAAUUGCAUUUCAGACAGUUUGUUAUUUUGCAAAAUAAUUACUUUUAUCUCUUCCACUCAACUUUUCAAUAUAAGCAUGCUAAUUAAAGUGAGUAGCUUGUAAUUUUCUUUUAUUUACACAACUGGUUGUCUACAAUUUAGUGUUAUUUAUUGACUGUGAACUUAAUCUGUGGUAUAAGUUUAAGAUAUAUGUAUACAAGUGGUCUUAGCUGUAAAAUGAUAGAAACCCUAUAACCCAAGCCCUUUCGAAAAGGUAGACCUUUCAGAAGUGAUCAGGUUAUAGGGUUUCUAUCAUUUUAUAUUAAGAUUUCUUGAACAUAUGUGUUUUUUUACAUCAUGAGUGAUCUUAACUAGAUAAUGUUUAUUGUAUAGUUUACACCUAAUUGUGCUUUAAAAGCAAAAGUAAUGAAAAGUGGUAACAUUUGGUGCUCCAAGUAAGCUUUUUCUUUAAGGGACCAUCAGGCUUUUAUUUAUUUCUUUAUGGUCAACAGAAAACGAAAUGUUUGCCCAUUAAAAUUUAAUACUUAUAAAAGCAAACUAUUCUUCAAAAUAAUAUAGUAUCAAUGUAUAAAUCUUGAAAAAUAAACAACAAUUUGCAUCUAAAAGUAUGUUUUAUUUUCAUAUAAAUCCAAUACUUAACAGUUGCAGAUUUUUUCAGCACAGAACUUGUACUGAUCUGUUCAGCACAUUUCAUUUUGUUAAUAUAGAUGGCAUUGAUAUUGACUUCAUUCUUUCUUUUGUAACUGCAGCUUCAGACAGUACUUUGUGAAAAGGAGCUCUUCCUUUGGAACAAAAUAUGCUGUAUUUAUUUUUGUACAUAUAUCUUCAUUUUGUAUUUUGUUACGUUUUGCUUCAAUUUCAUGAUAGCACAUGGGAAUACUCUUUUUUUUUUAGACUACAUUUGGUUUCCUAAAAUAUCCUGCUAUACCUUUGCAAGCCUCACAUUACUGUUAUGUUUCACUAGUGAUUCUUUCUUAAAAGAACUGCAGCUUGCAAUGAAAUCAGUCUUUCUAUUAACCUGCAACCCUACUUGCCUUCAAUAACUGUAGUAUAUUACUCCUGUUUUGUGGACUAACCGACUGAACUGUUGGCACUAUAAUGACUUAAAUCUUUUUGCUAUGAACUUUUCAUUUUGCACAUCAAGAACAUAAUACUUCAGAGCUGUGGGUUCUUCUCAAUCAGAAUCUGAACUGUGUUCUUCUGUAACAUUUGAGAAACUUUUUUUUGGUUUGAUGUUGAUAAAAGACAGUUAUUUGUUUAUAAUAUUCUAUUAUCUUUAUAAGCGACCAUAUGCAGCACCUCACACAAUGGACUGUGAGUCUGGAUUUCCCAUAGUAACAAUUUGUAUGAACAUAGAUGCCUGUGAUGUAGGGACUUAGAGCUGUAUUAUUUUUAACAUGGGUCUAAAAGCAUUUGAAAAUAAUACUAAUAACAGUGUUGUAAAAUACUGAGAAAAGCACUUAUGUAAAAAAUAGAAAAACAACAUAAUGUAGUUGCUUGUUGGUGACUAUAAUGACAUUUACUUGACUAAAGAUAAAAACGGUCACCAUGGUAACUAAAAUGGUCACUGCUUGGAGCAUUAUAAUAUUCCAGUUAACUUACCUCUAUCAGUAAUGUAGCAACUUACAUCAUUAGUUUAACAUCACUUGUGAAAUAAUUUUACAUUAAAGGACUCAAUAACUGAAAAUAUAUAAUUCCUUGCUAAUUUUUAUUUUAACAGGUAUGUCUAAUUUUAUUACCAGCAUGGGCACAGCAUAUGUUAAUAGUUUUUUUUUAUGUUUUAGCAUUGUGCCAAUUUGUUUUUGUUUUUUAAAUUGUAUGAGUACUCUUUGAUGGAACACCUUAUAAUUAAUGAAAAAUUACUCAUUAGAUUAAUUUUUUCCACAGAUCAAGAACCAUAUCUAAUCAUGUUGGCCAUGUUUGAUAUCUUGAUAAUGGUACUGGUGUCAUUAACAUUAUGAUUGUAAUCAACAAAUUCAGUGCAUAUAAGUAAUUAAAACUAGCUUUUAAUAUGUUGUGAUUAAUAUAUUUUAAUUGAUUUUCUGGUAAUUUCUUUCUGUUAAUAUUUUUACUAACAUCUGAAUCAUUAAAUGUUCAAUUAGUUCUAGUUUAUACACAGUUAAUAAUAAAAAGUCAAGUAUAAUGUAGAAAGAUAAGAGAUGUCAUAGACAUUGCAUUGUAUUACUUUCAUCUGUUUAACUUUUCAGAUCACAAAAAACAUAAAUGUGAAUUAACAAAGAUAAAAAUGUAGAAAUCCAUUCAUAAAACUAAUUGUUUUGUAUUCAUAAUUAGAUAAGAUAAUGAUUAUUCAGAAAACAUUUUAACUGUAUUUCUUCUAAAGAAUUUUAUUAGUUAUUGUUUAAUAUAAGGCAUUCAAGUGAAGGGGAACCUGACAGUAUUAUAGUUUUUAUAUGUUUUAAGGGGAAAAUCAACUUCAUUUACUUAUCACUAAAUAGAGAUGUUACUGUGAUAGUAAUGAACAAAUUGUUUAACAUAUAUAUAUUUACAGGGUGCAGAAUAAUUGGAACUUUGUGGAGAAAGGACACUUGUAAAACAUUAAUUCCUUUACAUUAUACAUGUAUAUAUAUUAAAUCAUCUUUUCAAACAAAAGCCUGAGAAUUACACAUUGAUAUUUUUGUAAUGUUUGGUAGUGACAUGCAUAGAUAUUGAAUUUUUAUUUGUCAGAUAACUGAUGAAUCCUUAAAUUUCUAAUAAAAAGUGGAAAGAAAAUAAUUCGUAAUUGUACUUCUAUUACAGUAAUACUGACUACAGUUUACUCAUAUUUUAAAUGUAAUUUGUAUUCUAUUGGAAACGUUUUCUCUAUACAUCCAUCACCCAAGAUUGUUAUAAUAAAAAGUAUAGGUUAUUAUUCUGUUAUUUUGAUAAAUGUGUUUUUGUCUUUGGUUUGGUUGGUUUUUGUUUUUAACAGAACUUGUCAGGUUAAUAUUUGUAGAUAACUUGUAGUUUUGAAAAGACUGUAUAAAAUAUAAUAUGUUUUGAUGAACAUAAAUAUUGCUAUUUAUACUUAUUUUUGUAAUGAAAUAGUUUACACUAAUUAUUUUUUUAAGAGUUGGAUUUCUUGAAAUAAUUUUCAAUAAAAACUGUAGAAACUUCAAAACCAUUAUCUAUAUACAAAUGGUUCUUUUUGUUAUUUUUUGGUUAAUGUAAUUCAGUUGGAAAAUUAGAAUAUUCAUAUCUUAUCCAUUCAGGUCAAAAUAUAUGAAAAAAAAUCAAUGAUAAAUUCUCAGAAAAAAUUACUUGUCGUACACUGUAAAAUGAAAAAAGAAAGGACCAUAUUUUAUCAUACCAGUUUUUAGAGUAUUGUAAUUAAACACAUUGAAAAUAAAUUAUCGUUUGACUUCAAA